GAAAUGGAGGAGAAGGGAUCACGGUGUGUCCGGGCCCCAUCGGGGGAGUGGGGGGCACUUUCUCCUUCUCUCUCUGCGUCUCUCUCCCGCGAGCGCACAUGCCUUCUGGCAAGUUUUAAAAAGGGGAGAGAAGGUGAAGGAGGGAGGAAAACAGUAAGGUGGCUCCUGAAAAACGUGGAACAGGAUUACCACACGAUCCAGCAGUUCCACCCCUGACACAUCCCAAAAGAACUGAAGCAGGAUCGCACACUGCUGUUUGCGCACGUGUGUUUAUGGCAGCAUCCUUCACAACAGCCAGAAGGUGCACGUGAACCAGUGUCCGCAGAUGACUGGACCACAGUUGGUCCCUGCCGUGGAAUAUUACUCGGCCUGAAAAAGGAAGGCAAUUCCGACGUAUGCUGUGGCCUGGAUGAAUCGUGACGACAUGCUGAGCGAGACAAACCCGUCACAAAAGGACAAAUGCCCUGUGAAUCCACUUACGUGAGCUUCCUGGUGGUCAGACUCGGAACAGACAGCAGAAUGGUGGUCACGUGGUCGCCAGGGGCUGCGGGGAGAGGGAGUGGGGAGUUAGUGUUUCGUGGGCGCAGCGUUCCCAUUUGGGAAGGUGAAAACAGUUCUGGACAGGAAUGACGGUGACGGUCGCACAUCCGUGUCACGAUGCUUACUGGCACUGACCUGCCUGUGGAAAUGCCUGGAAGAGUCAAUGGCAGCCCUUGGCUAUCCCCCGCGAGAGCAAGCGUGGACGCUGCUGAAAUGCCCAUUUUAGAUUGCAGGGGACUGCCCGUGGCCCUUCUCGCCCUGUUCUGCUGCCCAGGGUCUGGCAAGGAGUUCGAGGUUUACAUAUGGCCAGAGAACCUGGUGGUUGAGCCCUCAGAGUCCUGGGAGGUCAACUGCAGCACCACCUGCCUCCAGCCUCAGAAAGGUGGUCUGGAGGGCCCCGUAAAUAAGACCCUUCUGGACAAGCAGCCUCAGUGGAACCUCUUCUUGCUGUCGAACAUCUCACAGGACACGUACAUCCUCUGCUACUUCACCUGCUCGGGGAAGCAGGAGCACAAGAGGCUUAACAUCAGCGUGUACCAUCCUCCAAAGGAGGUCACGCUGAAGCUACAACCCACGUGGGUGACCGUGGGCAGGCUCUUCACCAUUGAGUGCAGGGUGCCUGCCGUGAAGCCCCUGGAAAACCUCACCCUCACCCUGUUCCACGGCAAAGAGAUCCUGCACCACCAGACCUUUGCGGGGGGCACCCUGGACCCCCAGGAGGCCACAGCCACACUCAACAUCACAGCUCCCAGUGGGGACAAACAUCACAACUUCUCCUGCCAGGCUGAGCUGGACCUGCGGUCCCACGGUGGGGGCAUCAUUCGCAGAGUCUCUGAGACCAAGAUGCUGGAGGUGUAUGAGCCCAUGCAGGACAGCCAGAUGAUCAUCAUCGUCACAGUCGUGUCGGUCCUGCUGUUCCUGUUUGUGACAUCCGUCCUGCUCUGCUUCGUCUUUGGCCAGCACUGGCGUCAGAGGCGGACCGGCACCUACGGGGUGCAAGCCUGAAGGAGGCAGCGGGGCCUUCUAGCACAGCCUGUGUGAGUGGUGUGGCCACCGCCAUGGAGGUCACCAGAACUCUGUGUGGCUCCUCAGGAGAGUGGUCAGCUGGCUGAAGGACGUGACAUGCAGUAGAGGGCUCUGGGGACAUUACCUUUUCUAGCCUGAAUACAAACACCUGACUGAC